GAUAAUAAAAAAUAAAAUAUCCUUUCGUCCACUGCCAUCCCCUCCUCAUUAUCUUGUUCUCCUCUGAGUCCAUUGAGAGAGUCUGAGACUCAACUCACUCUUCUCUCAUGGCGAAGACUCUAAUCUCAUCCACGCCGUUCAUCGGCACAUCUCUGCCGUCCCUCUCUCGCCGCGUGUCCUACACCCUCCCCUACCACCGCAGUGGAAAUGGACUCGUCACCACCAGAAUCAAGUUCAGCCUCCACGACGUGCCUCCGAUCAAUCCCUUCGACUCCGGCGUCGAUCUCACCGCGCUUUACAGCCGAGCCGAAGGUCUUCUUUACACGCUGGCCGAUGCUGCCGUCGCCGUGGACCCGACGACCUCCGGCGCCGGCGACGCUGCUGUCGACGUGUCUCAGAAGAGCGGCGGAUGGUUCGGUUUUAUCUCCGACGCCAUGGAAUUCGUGCUCAAGAUUUUGAAAGAUGGACUUUCAGCUGUGCAUGUGCCAUAUGCUUACGGUUUCGCAAUUAUAUUGCUCACAGUUAUCGUUAAAGUUGUCACAUUGCCUCUCACAAAGCAACAGGUGGAAUCCACAUUGGCUAUGCAAAACCUGCAACCAAAAAUCAAAGCCAUUCAAGAAAGAUAUAAAGGAAACCAGGAAAGAAUACAACUUGAGACAUCAAGGCUGUAUCGGCAGGCUGGGGUUAAUCCAUUAGCAGGUUGUUUACCAACUCUGGCCACAAUACCAGUCUGGAUAGGUCUAUACCAAGCUCUUUCAAAUGUGGCAAAUGAGGGAUUGUUGACAGAAGGUUUCUUUUGGAUCCCAUCUUUGGGUGGUCCAACUACAAUCGCCGCUCGCCAAAGUGGAUCAGGGAUUUCUUGGCUGUUUCCAUUUGUGGAUGGGCAUCCACCAUUAGGCUGGUCUGACACUGCAGCAUACCUAGUUUUACCUGUCCUCCUUGUUGUUUCUCAAUUUGUUUCAAUGGAGCUCAUGAAGCCUCCACAGACGGAUGAUCCAACUCAAAAGAACACACUUCUUGUAUUCAAGUUUUUACCCCUCAUGAUUGGUUACUUCUCCUUGUCCGUUCCGUCGGGAUUAUCAAUUUACUGGUUCACAAACAAUGUACUUAGCACAGCACAGCAAGUAUGGCUACGCAAAUUAGGAGGUGCUAAGCCUGUUGUGAAUGAGAAUGCAAGUGGAAUCAUUUCAGCAGGUCGUGCAAAGCGAUCGGAUUCUCAGCCUGCACAACCUGGCAGUAGAUUUAAGCAGUUAAGAGAAGACGAGAAAAAGAAAAAGGUGAACAAGGCAUUACCGGAUGAGGUUCAGACACUGGCUUCCGCAUCUGAUUCUGAAGACGGUUCAGAUGAUGAGAUCAAUGACAAGGGUGGGGACGUUAUAGAAGAGGCAUAUGCUUCUACUGCCAGUAAAGAUCUUCCAGACUUUCCUCGGCCAAGGAGAAGCAAGCGAUCUAAAAGGAAGCGUGCUGCGUAAAUUGACUGUAUACUGAUUAAGUUUGUAGUUCACGGUGAGUCCUGUAUAUCUCAGCCAAGUGUAUUGUCGUUAACAUAUCUCCAACUCUAUGUUGGUUCAUUCAUUUUGAGAUAUAAUACAAAUCAUGCUAAUUAGUUCUCC